GCUUCUCUACGACCAGCUCAUAUAUGAGGCGCUCCAUGGUCAGCUUCCAAACGCCACGAUCAUAGAGAUUGCACGGCGCACGGACUGCAUGCGGAUCGCCGCGGUGCCCAGUUUCACGGCUUCAUUACGACCGUACGCCUCAUACUGGGAUCAUGCCGUGGAUCAUCAGAUGGAGCGAGUUUUGGACGAGCAGCUCGCAGCAGUCAGCGCGGACACGGUCGUCAUCAAUAGUGCCGACGAGCUUGCGAGACGCAUCCAUCCGAGGGCCAAACUCAAUGCCGCUGUCAUGUGGAUGUUUGCGGAGCGCUGCACAUUCUCUGCUACAGAGCCGACAUCGGGUGCUGAGACGGAGGCUCAAUGA